GGAACACUUUGUCGUACAGGCGCAGCACUCUGGUUCGAUCAACCACCUCCACUCAUUCGUCUUCUCUUCUUCCGCUGUAGAUAUUGCAAGAGAAGCGAGGAACAUCGUCAGUGUCAUCGUUGUUGGUUGGGUCUUGGUAACAUCCAUUCGAACGAUCGCAUUAAGGCCACGGCAAGUAGGUGGAUAAGGCAGCACGGGCACAGUGAAGCUUCACCCGCGCUUUACUGGCAAACUGAUUGCAAAAUUCGCCCAUAUCAAGCAUUACAGCGACGCCAACAAGGCGCACAAUACAGGAUCGAUAGGACAACCGGCGCGCUUGAAAGCUAUUGACGGAGCAGAGCAUUUUCUAGCGUAUCUUGGGCCAACAGCUGCGGGAAGGUCACUUCGAGGACUGUAAUCAUGCAACAGCCGUUUCCCCUAUACGCGCUGAAGUGGCUUCUCCUCACCAUAGCCGUCUCCGCACAAUCGAUCACCGACAGCGUCUCCUUCGGCCAAAGACACCCCAUAGCAGCAGACGGCGGUAGCAUACCAGGCUGGCAAGCAUUUGACGAGAAUCACCAAAUCCAAAUACUGAGCGAUCGCAUCAUUCUUACCCCUCCAGUCCCAGGCAACGCAAGAGGUGCGAUAUGGUCAGACAACACCAUCGCACAAGCCGACUGGACAGCCGAACUCGAGUUCCGCGCCUCAGGACAAGAUCAGGGCACAGGUAACCUCAAUAUCUGGUUUACGAAGGAGAAAGGAGAGAUUGGCACAAACAGUGUUUAUACCGUGGAGAAGUACGACGGCUUAGCGUUGGUUAUCGAUCAAUAUGGCAGCACAGGCGGCAAGGUUCGAGGCUUCUUGAAUGAUGGCAGUCAAAAUUUCAAGGCGCAUACGAGUCUCGAAAGCUUAGCGUUCGGGCACUGUGACUACGCAUACCGCAACCUUGGGCGUCCGAGCAAGAUUAGCAUUUCGAAUCACAACGGCCUGACCGUCUCCGUGGACGACAGGGAGUGCUUCCGUACCGAUCACGUGAGUCUGCCGGCAGGAUAUCACUUCGGCAUCACUGCCGCAACAGCAGAUAAUCCGGACUCUUUCGAGAUCAACAAGUUUGUCGUUUCGUCUAGCUCUGGCGCCCCACCCCCGCCACAGCAACAGCCGCAGACAAGCUCUUGGUCUUCUCCGCCACCGCUUCAGCGCCUUGACCGGUUACAACUUAGUCCUGACAAGCCGGCUGAACAGAUCAAAGGCAGCGAUCCGCAAUUCGCGGAUCUGCAUAACCGUCUCCAGGAGACCAAUCACGCCAUUGAGCGCUUGUUCGCCGAGUUUGACAACGUCAAUGCUCGGCUUCAGCAACAACAUGCGGAAAUGCUCAAUUCGCUCUCUCACACGGGCAGCAGAAGUGGCGCGCAAACUCCCGGCUCGUCUGACGCUGCAAUUAGCGAUCUGCGCAACAAGAUCGAAGGCAUCGAACGGACAGUGCAGCAAAUCCAGAAGGAUGUUGAGGGCAGGGACUACAAACAGCAUAUCAGUGAGCUGCAACUGAGCUUGGAUAGUCUCAGGGGCGGAAUCACGGAGCAUUUGCCCGAGACCAUGACCAGGUUGAUCAGGAGUUCGGCGCCACGGAUGGGCAUGUUUGUGUUUGUCGUUGUGGCCGUACAGAUCAUGCUGGCAGGAGCAUACAUAGUGUACAAGAGACGGCGGGAUAGGAUGCCCAAGAAGUACUUGUAAGUGGUUGUGGCUUGUAUGAUAUACACAGUCUGUAACAAUAAGCUUUUCGAAUACGACUAGAACAUAGCACAGCGGCAACCGGCGUUGAGACAUGUAUCGAUCAUGGUCGUUACGCUGGAAAAAGGUCUCAGGAAUGGGCGGCCUACGUUUCUGUCUCGUGUCAGUGCUCGUGACCGCUCCGGCCGCUACAUCCGUCUAUGUGCUCGCCUAAGCAUGUGCGGUGUGCGUUGACCUCGAAUUUGCACCGUGAUAGCCAAAACGGCGACCAACACACCGCGGCGGCCUCGCGUAAAGGAGUCGGAUGGCACCGCCCCGUGUCUCAGGCGAACCUUCACGCUUCUACUCACCGUUGUUACUGUGUGGUUGAGAUUUGUACACGCCCACCGCUGACAUGGCCCGACGGCCGAGAGUCCUUGAGACGUUGGUAUUGGGCGAACGGGCCAUCUGGCGCUUGUCGUGGUCUGCGCUCGACGAUCCU